CGUCCUGCAUAUAAGCAUGCAAAUGCUCCUGCUGCGUCAUCCAGCUCCAGCGCGUCCAAACCUAUCCCUUCUAUCGAUUUCAACGACUUUCCUGCCUCCACUCCCUCUGCCUCUUCCGCUUCCGCUUCAUAUCCCAAAAACCAUCAACCUGCGAAACCGACGCCCGCACGUCCACAUUCGACGGUUUCUUGUACACCGGCACCUACUCCUGCUCCCAAGCGGAAUUUAGCGGAAGUCGUGAUUAUGCGUGCGCCGUCGAGGGCGACUGCGACGCCGGGGCCACAACUGCAAAUGCAGGCUCGUCACGCCACACCGUCCGGUUCGGGCUCGAAUACCUCUAGAAUUACUGUCCCUGCGGCGUCGAGUUCGCUGGCUGGGCGGGAUGGUGGGUUCAGAGACAAAUGGAAAGGCAAGGAGAAGGAUAAGGAUAAGGAUACAUCGUCGGACGUACCUGCGCCCGCGCCUUCGCGCCCUCGAGGGAGACCGAAAUCGAAAGGGCCGUCUCACCCGAGUGCAUCUACGUCUACACCUGCGAUACCGGCUUCGGACAAAGGCAAGGGCAAAGCUCAACCCAACACCAGCGCUAAUGCCAAAAGCACACCACGCCAACGCACUCCCUCUACCCGACUUGCUCAGUCUCGGUCUCAGUCUCAUUCCCGGUUACGGUUAUUGGGCUCAGACAACGACGACGAAGACGAAGACGACGAUGGACAGGGAUCUUCUUCAGAUGGUCCGCCGUUGGCAUCGUUCGUGUCCGGAUCUAUGUCGAGGAAAGGGAGCCCUGUGCGUGGCGCGUCUUCUAAACCUGCACCUGCACCGUCGUCGAAGAUUUCGCUUUCUGCUGCUGCUGGACGGAAGCGGAAACGAGUCUCGUCAGCGUCGAUGCCCGGGCUGGGGCCGUCAGAGUCGCCGGAGGAUGGCGUGGCUGUGGACAAGCUAGAUGGGCGCGGACGAUCUCAGGUCCCUGAUAAAGGCAAAGGCAAAGCAAAAGAUGCGUCCGUGUCGAAGUCGACGGCCAGGUCACGGUCGAGGGCCAAGUCUGUGAGGCCGAGGAGUCCGAGUUCUUCCAGGUCGCCUCCCAGGCCGCCAGACCAACCAUCGCUGCACGCACAGGAGGACGAUGACAACGAUUACGACCAUGAUUACGACGAUUAUGAUGUACACCAAGUACGCUCACAUCCGCAUCCACAGCAACAAGCGUCGAAUCAUCACCAACCUCCUGUGCAUGUCGACGGGCCCGCCACACCGAACGCGGACACGAAUCCGAAUCCAAACAUGAUACACAUGGGCAACCAACCGAUCGAUAUCUCACAAGCACAAUAUUUCCUCGCUCAGGCGAUGCAGUCGCUUUCGUAUAUCAUUCAGAAUGGCGGCGGUGGACCUGGCGGACCUGACCAGCAGGAGCGGUGGGGUUCUGUGCCACCUUUGCCUUUCCCAAAUGGAUUGGGACAAGGCCCAGGACAGUUCACUCCGACGGCUUGGCCUGCGUAUCAACAAGGACAGGGACAAGGGCAGCCGCAGACACCUGUGAACCCCCCUGUUCAAUAUCCACAUCAGCAGAUGCACUCGGCCACCCCUCAGCGAGGGCGCAGCUACGGCUCCGGCUCUUCGAUUACAGAUCCUCCUGCUUCAUCCUCGGCUUCAAUGUCGGGCUCUAUCUCCACUUCCUCUAUAGCAUCUGCAUCUUCGUCUACCACAACCAGAGCUACGUCUACGUACCGAACGCCUCGUAACCUCGGCCACAAUCACGGUCUCACCAGUAGCGCAAGCCGUGACCACGGUCAUCGUUGGCCCGAGAGCGUGCAUGCUUCUUCUUCGCAAGCGACGCUUCCUCCGUCGUCGCCUGAGCCGGAGCUUGAUGAGGAUAUGAUGGAUAGCUCACCGAUACCGAGGAGUCCGCCUGUGUCGAGGGUAUCAAAUGGGGGGAGGGAUCAGAGGGGCAGGGAGAAUGGGAAAGGGAAGGGAAAGGGGAAAGAGGAGGACAAGUCGAGAGGGAGGAGUAAGUCGAGGGCGAGGAAGGUAUCUUUCGAAGAUCACAGUACAAAUGCGAGUACGGGUGUUGCUAGAGGGCGGAGCGUGAGCAGGGCACCGGGGAAGAAGGGUGUAGAAGAUGCUGGGAGUGCUGAUGGUUCACGGCCUUUGGAAAGGGCUAGGGAGAGACUUUCCUCGGGGAAUUUUAGGAAUGGGGAGACAAAUAUUGGUAGGAAAGGUGGAUGAAAUGUAUCUGUGUCUUGUAAUCUGUAGUUGGGUGUAGAGUAUCUAUGAUUUUAAGUUAUGCUGACGAAAUG